AUGUUCUUUAACGCCAACAAUAACAACAACACCAUCAUCAUCAAUACCAACAACAACAAUAACUCAUUCGUAACCAUCACUAACAACAACACUACUACUACCAGAACCGCAACAACAACCACAGCAGCUAUAGCCACCGCCUUUGCGGCCAUCACAGCAGGCAUCAUUCACGCCGUGCAUCAACAUCCAACUCCAGUUCCACCACCACCAAUUCCCAUUCAACAACAACAACAACAACAACAGAAACAACAACAACUCUCAAAACCCUCCUCCUCUAAAUCGUCCUCCUCUGACAUUUCCUUGAAAGAUCAAUUAGAUUUCCUGCUUCUCUUAGACAUUUUACUGAAGUCAUUGCUUUUGGACGACUCAAAGAAGGAAGGAUCAGAUUUGCGCUAUCGCUAUUAUAGAAGAGAGGAGGAGGUUGUUGUUGUUGUCGAAGAGGAAGAACGGGAAGAAGAAGAAGAAUUUAGAGGCUUUAGGAGAGGAGGCUUUAGUGGCUGUUGUGGAAGAGUGAAUAGUGGUAGUAGCAACGGGGUAGUGGUUGGAGGAAAUAGUUAUUGGGCUACUUGCUGGACGAACUGCUCAUAA